ACGCGCAGAGGGCGUGUCGUACGGUGGCGGCGUGCGUUUGCCUAUGUGACACAAUUACAACAACUUUGAGCCGAUGGUUUGGGGGAAGUUUACGAUAAUACCAAGUAAACACUCCCUCCUAAAAACCCAACAUUACACCAACUUCAUGCAUACAAAGGCACUGGAAUACACGCCGUGUUUUGAAGUACAAUGAGGAGUGUGGAAGGUAACUUGACGGGAUCAUUUCCUUGAGGAUUUGGACAAGAAUUGGGCAAGAAUUUAGUCGCUAACGCCCCGAUUUGAGUCCUGGAUAUCCGUGCAAAACCUCUCGUUCUUAGCGCAUUCUCUUGGAGUUUCUCGGUGUGGUCGAUAUUCCCAUUUCUUCCCCAUGAAAUCGUGUACUGCUGCUGCUCGGAGCCUUGCUGGUAAUGACGAGGAGAAAAUGGCGUCGGGAACAGAUAUCGAAGAGGACUUUCCGAAGCUCACAGCUCAGGAGAAACAGAGCUUGCACGGCACUGACAGUUCACUGUUUGGAUUUCAUAGGCUUCAAGAAGAUGGCGCCAGAACGAAGGCCUUGCUGUUAAAGGCUGUUAGCUGCUAUGAUGCCCUCAUCCUGAAAGCAGAGGGCAAAGUGGACCCGGACAUUUUCUGUCAGCUGGGCCACUUCAACCUGCUGCUGGAGGACUAUCAGAAAGCAUUAUCUGCAUACCAGAGGUACUUCAGUUUACAGUCGGACUACUGGAAGGUGAGCUUUCACAAUUCUACAUACAACGUUGAAUGUUACUGGCACU